AUGAGCCUCAAUCGCCAGGACGCAACGCAGAAGAAUGAGUCGGAUGCCACAACAAAGCCUACAAUGCAAGGUUUGCCAUUGCCUUCACCCGCCGGUCCAGUCAAGGAUUCGAUCUCUGGAUCGCCCUCCGUGCUACGUCGGACACGAAACAGACUAGCCGACCCUGUAGUGGCUGCAUUUAUGGCCGGAGGUGUUGCCGGUGCCGUUUCGAGAACAAUUGUAUCCCCUCUGGAGCGGCUGAAAAUCCUACUCCAAAUCCAAAGUGUUGGCCGGGAUGAAUACAGGCUGUCGAUAUGGCAAGCCCUGAAGAAGAUGAAGCGAGAGGAAGGCUGGCGAGGCUUCAUGCGAGGUAACGGAACCAAUUGUAUUCGCAUCAUCCCAUACUCGGCGGUGCAAUUUGGAAGUUACAAUUUCUACAAGAAAUUUGCGGAGACUCCCGAGGGUGAGAUGACCCCAACACGUCGCCUUAUCUGUGGAGGUAUCGCAGGCAUCACGUCGGUCACGGUCACGUACCCUCUAGAUAUCGUCCGAACCCGACUGUCCAUCCAGUCAGCGUCCUUUGCGGGUCUGGGAUCCCGAGAUCCAUCCCAAAAACUCCCUGGCAUGUUCACAACCAUGGUGACAAUAUACAAAAAUGAAGGCGGCACGAUUGCCCUCUAUCGUGGAAUCGUUCCUACGGUCGCCGGAGUUGCCCCCUACGUCGGGCUCAAUUUCAUGACCUAUGAAUCGGUCCGCAAAUACCUUACUCCAGAAGGAGACAAGAACCCCAACCCCUGGCGAAAGCUGCUUGCCGGUGCCAUUUCUGGGGCCGUGGCGCAAACCUGCACAUAUCCUUUUGACGUGCUACGGCGGCGCUUCCAAAUCAACACCAUGUCCGGCAUGGGGUAUCAAUACAAAUCAAUCUGGGAUGCAGUGCGGGUCAUAGUUGCCGAAGAGGGAGCCCGCGGACUAUUCAAGGGUAUCGGACCCAAUCUACUCAAGGUUGCACCCAGCAUGGCCAGUAGCUGGCUCAGUUUCGAGUUGACGAGAGACUUCCUCGUCGGCAUGGAUGAUAGAGAUUAG